ACACCCUGUCGUCAUCGAGUGAAAACACUGCGUCCUGACCGCACGGACUGUUAGCGCUGCGGAGAGUCAGGCAACCGGGAUUUAUUCACAAGUCUUAAUCAUUGGCCGGACUCGAGCCGAUAGAGGUCUUUCGAAUAUGGUCUGUGGCGGUUUCACCUGUUCCAAAAAUGCGCUUUGUUCCCUGAAUGUGGUUUACAUGCUGGUCGGGCUGCUGCUGAUUGGAGUAGCAGCAUGGGGGAAAGGGUUCGGCUUGGUGUCGAGCAUCCACAUCAUCGGAGGGGUCAUCGCAGUGGGCGUCUUCCUGCUUCUCAUCGCCAUCGUAGGUCUCAUCGGAGCAAUGCACCACCACCAAGUCAUGCUUUUCUUUUACAUGGUCAUUCUUUUUAUCGUUUUCCUGUUCCAAUUUGGCGUUUCCUGUUCCUGCUUGGCAAUGAACCGCGAGCAGCAGGAGGCACUUCUGAACUCUGCUUGGAGAAUAUUGGAAAAUAAGACCAAGACCGACCUGGAGAGCCAGCUGAACUGCUGUGGGCUGCUCAACGUCACUGCAAGCCGACCACAGUUUGAUCAAGACUUGCAAAGCUGCCCCGCUUUAUGCAAAAAGGACGGUGCCUGUUUCACCUGCGGGGUUAUGAUGUUGAAUCACGCAACAGAGGCUCUGAAGAUCCUCGGGGGUGUCGGACUCUUCUUCAGCUUCACAGAGAUCCUGGGAGUGUGGCUUGCUGUGCGCUACAGGAACCAGAAGGAUCCACGAGCAAACCCAAGUGCUUUCCUAUAGUCUGUCCCACGUGCGCAGCCAGUGCGGCGCCGUAGAUGCAGUUUCAGACACACUGGUACACAUAGAAUCAUACAUAUCUUGAGGCAUACAACACAGAGCCACAACAACACAGAAUGGACGAGCGCACGAAGCACCUGAGAAACAAAACACACGCCUUCACCUGAGACUGAGAAGCAACAGCAACCAGUCACCUGUCCAGAAAUUCUGCCUGAGCUCCAGCUGGAAGACCUGGAUGCUUAUGUGUGAAAGGAUUACUUGUAAUACCAAGAAGUGUGACUUGUUGGUAUCACGAGCCAGCCUUGAUUUGAGCACCAGAAUUCCUGCUAGUUUCCAACUAUGUAACAAGCGAUGAGACAUCUCUGCAUGUGUCUGCACAGACAAACAGCCUCUUUGUUGAUUUCAUUCUACGCAUCAACCCCAAUGACAGUGUCCAGCGAAUAUCUUGUAUGCACCUUGAAAUCGUCCUCUUGUCUCUAAUGUAGUGCCACCACUUAACGACAAUUAUAUUCCUGUGGUCAGUGCUAUCCGUGAUGUGUACAACUGUAUACCUAAACAUAUCCAAUGUGAUGAGUUUGUUCUCAAAGUCAGCUGAGGGCAAAAGAAGGAAAAUCUUGGAUAUGUGUUGUAAAGUAGUUGUUUGGAUUGUAUGUAAAUGUUUUUUUCUUUUCUGAUGCGUCGAUGCCACAAUUGCCGGGAUUUAACAGGAUUUAGGAAGUUAGAAUAGAUCUUAGGGAAUGUAGUUGCUAGUUGUUUGGGUUCAAAUAUUUAUGAACUGUAACUGAGCCAACUAACUUUAACCAGUCUGAGAUAUUAGGAUGCCAAUGCACUGCAGCCUUGAUGUUGUACAUAAUCUUUUAGAAAUCAUUCUCGAUGGUUUUGCCAUGUAGUUGCCCCUCUAGUUGAGAGGUUUGCCUGAAUAUUUUGAGGUCUUUGAAGGCCACAAUAAUCCACCCUUCCUGUAUUUAAUGUGUUCCUUUGUGUCGCGCAGUGAUAUUGCUUAGUAUCAUUACUCUUUGUGUUAGUGGAAAAAUCAUAAAAACGUUAAAAAAAACGUGUUUGGUUUGAAAUAAUGGGUACAUGUGGCCAAAACUACUUCUCGCAAAUCCAGUUUUGUUUUUAUAGUAUUAAUUGUGAAAAUGUGCUUUUUGGUUGCAAUUCUAUUUUCUUUUUUUUUUAAGCAUUUUGAAAAAAUUAUGCUUUUGUUUUAUUAUUUUGUUGCUGUCAGCUCCCUUCAUUCAUCAGUGUUAAAUAAUUUGUAAAAACAUGUUAAAUAUUUUCAGGAUCUAUUUAAGUUAAGGUUGAUGAUGCACAUGAGGCUAAAGUUAAUGUAGUUUUGAUGGUAUAAUUUUUUUACGCCUAUCUUGAUGUUAGACACUUCUUGUUGAUAAAUCACUGCUCAUUAAUUCUCUCUUUUAAAAUGUGUUUUCCCUUUUAAUUUUAACUGAAAGGACUAACACAAACUGAAAUUACAUGUCUUACUUGAACCUGUCAACUUGGCUGAUGUGGAUUUCCUGCUGCUGAUUUGGAGUCAUCGCUGGUGUUUUUACAGAUCUUAAGCAUUAUUAUGCAUUAUAUCACACCUGACUUUGAAUUUGUGUGCACUUGUUAUUGAAAUGUAUCUUGAAUUUUUGAGAAUUAAUUUUCCAAAUAAAACCUCAAAUUGGAAA